AUGGUGGUCGCAUUUCUGCUCGACCGGAAGGGAGCGAAUAUAAAUAUCACCGAAGAGUUGGUCCAGGCUGCUCUAAGGAAUCCGACAUGUUCAGCAGAGCUGAUAAAUACUUUACUGGAUCGUAAAAAGGCUCCUUUCAGGAUCACUGAAGGAAUAGUCCGAGCUGCGCACUACGAAGAUAUCAAGAUUUUGCUGAACCGAGGAGCGAAAGUGAAGAUCACCAAAGAAAUAGUCAUAGCCUCUAAGGGCAAUAGAUCAUGGCUAUCACCAGACGCAUCUGAGGAUACAACCAAAGCUUUGAUUGACCAAAAGGAUUUAAACAAAUUUAUCACUGAGCAAGGCUUCCUGGAAGUGUUUCGGCAAUGCAGUGCCGAUGUGGUGGAGCUCUUACUCAACCGAACUGGGUCAUAUUCUCAAAUUACCGAUGACCUGCUCGAGGCCGCCUCGAGCAAUCUUGAUGGAUGUAGAAUUCUUCAGCUUCUGCUAAAGUGCACUGGAUCAUGUCCUCCGAUUACGGAUGAGCUGCUCAAGGCCGCUUCGAGCAAUUUUUAUGGACAUGCAAUUGUUCAGCUUCUGCUUGACCGAGGAGCAAAUGUUGAGAUAACUGAAAGGGGAUUAUUAGAUAUCUUAACCCAUUCUUCUGGCUCAGUAUUGACUCUCCUGAUCGUUACUGGAAGGCUGAACUUGAUUAUUACCAAGGAAGUGAUCAAUGCUGUAGCAGAAAGUUUCUACGCGCUUCCUAUAAUGGAAGGUUUACUCGAUCAAAAAGGGGUGGAUAUGACAGUUACAGAUGAGUUCUUUACAGCAGCUUCAAAGAAUCCAUCUCAGGGAGGGAAAGUCAUGAAGCUAUUGAUCGAGCGAAAGGGAGCAGAUAUCCAUAUCACCGAGGAGGCAAUCAGAGCCGUCGCUAAUCACCCAGCAUCAGGAGAGGCAGCAAUCAAACACCUCUUCUAUGGAAGAGGAAUUAAUUUAAUGAACGAUGAGGAGUUGAAACUGAUCCAGAAGAUAUCUAUCUUUCCACCAAGAGCAGAGGCAGUGAUCAAAUUUUUACACGACCUUAGAGGGACAAAUAUUGUGAUUACCAAGGAGAUGAUUUUGCAUGUUGCUCAAUUUCCAGCAUCUGGAGAGGAACUGCGCAGGUCGUGA